CGAGAGACCGCGGAUGACUUCCUGGAGCGAUGGGACCGCGACCACUGUUACCGGUGGUCCGUUGUUAUGUUGGGCUUACUGGCUGCUUUGAUGACUUACGUGGAAAUCAUCGCGCCUUGUUUUACUCCACUUUCCGCUUCUUCCGACUCGACUCGCGUCCCAGAGGCUGUGAGUGGUCAAGCACCGGCGGCCACUGCGACUAUUACCAUCAAUCACACUUCAACAAAGACGGUCAGGAUUGCGGAGACACCCUCGUUCGGGGGCCUGCUCUCUGACAUUGCUCAUACGGUGAGCUCAGAGGGGCCCAGGCGCACGGUGUGCUCCGUACAGCCGUACAGCAGCAACGAGAUCCUCCUCAAGCUUUCUUCUGGGACGAAAGAGGCCUGGCUGGCCAGGGGAGCAAUCGAUAUUGAUGUCUUCCGUGGUGACACCGCCAUACAGACAAAGUUGUCAAGCACUGAUGAGGGUCUCAUCAUUGAGAUACCUUAUGAGGAGGCGCAUGGCGUAGUCAACGUAUCCAUCGUCACCACACGAAAGCCUAAGAUCAACGAGACUUUUGCCGUCGAUUUCGGCCCUGACUAUUUUGAUGAUAUCUACAAGGCUAUCAGAUCCGCUCAGACCGUCCUUCACCACGUAGCCCAGAAGGCGGGCGAUGCUGCCGACGGUGUGUACAAAACGGUGGAGGAGAGCUAUGCCGCCGUCCUUGCCUCGGCCGACGCGCCAAUUAUCGACAAGGCUGCCUCUUGGUGGGACUCAAUGAAGAAUACCGGCAAAUCUGCACAGGAUAUUUGGUCAAAGAAGGCUGAAGAAACGUACGAUUGGAUGAGAGACUCGAUCCGCUCAGACGAUGCCGUCACAUUCUUGAAAGAUGUCCAGCAAAUGGCCAAGGAUCGUCACCGCCACGUCGAAGAUUUCCGUGAUGAGAGCGAGCUCGCCCUCAUCAAGGCUCAGAUCGCCUCCAAGCUUUGGUGGCUGAAAAUCCAGGGCCAGACAGAGCAGCACGAGGCAUACGAGCGCGAGGCUCGCAAGUUCAUGUCGAAAAAGCACUCGGAGUUUGCCAAGGCCAAGAAGGCACGGGAGACCCAGACUGAGGCUGCCAAAUGUGCUCGUGCUGGCAGCUGUAAAGACAAGGGAAGAUGGUCGAUCUAGUAGGUCGUCCCUGACAACGUCUUUUGAUGUGCUGUUUGGUUGAGCCUGCUGCCUUCACCCUCCGACGACGACAAAGGGAUAGCAUAUAACGGUGAUAAUGCUCUACGAUGGAAGGAAAUUGGCGUCCCCGGCGUGCUUUGAUAUUCUGUUUCACUCGCACGUUUACUUUAUGUGUUUUCAAUUGAUAUCGGCGCACUACUACACCAUUCCCUUCUGCUUUUUUAACAUCCCCCCCCCCCGCAUGUACAGUCACGACACGCCAGACAGCGUCGCCACCAUAUUCUUGUGGCACAGGAGUGAGACGGCCAGGGAGGUUUUUUGUCUUUCCUAUUUUGAACGUUUGUUACUUGUGCUGGAGAACCGCGAAAGUGGUUCACCAGACGCAAAGUCAUGGUUCGCCCAGAUGGGGAGGGAAAUGGUUGGGAUACUGCUGGUUGGUGUUUGCACCUGCUUUAGUUGAUGAAUUUAACACUGAUAUGCAUUGCAAUACCUUGG